CGGAGUCUCCUCCUAUGAGGCUGCUCUGUCGGCGGCGGCGUGAAGCCGGGGACCCGCGGAGGGGCGCCUCGGCCAUGACUGCGGAGUUGCAGCAGGACGAAACGGCCGGCGCAGCCGACAGCCACAGCUCGAGCUGCCAAAUGCUGUUAAAUCAACUGAGAGAAGUCACAGGCAUUCAGGACCCUUCCUUUCUUCAUGAAGCUUUGAAGGCUAGUAAUGGUGACAUCACCCAGGCCGUCAGUCUUCUCACAGAUGAAAGAGUUAAGGAACCCAGUCAAGACAGUGUUGCUACAGAACCAUCUGAAGUGGAGGACAGUGCUGCCAACAAAGAAGUACUAGCAAAAGUGAUAGACCUUACUCAUGAUAACAAAGAUGAUCUUCAGGCUGCCAUUGCUCUGAGUCUACUGGAAUCCCCGAAAAUUCAAGCUGAUGGAAGAGAUCUUAACAGGAUGCACGAAGCAACCUCUGCAGAAACUAAACGCUCCAAGAGAAAACGCUGUGAGGUCUGGGGAGAAAAUCCCAACCCCCGUGACUGGAGAAGAGUCGAUGGCUGGCCAGUUGGGCUGAAAAACGUUGGCAACACAUGUUGGUUUAAUGCUGUUAUUCAGUCUCUCUUUCAAUUGCCCGAAUUUCGAAGACUUGUUCUCAGCUAUAGCCUGCCACAAAAUGUACUUGAAAAUUGUCGAAGUCACACGGAAAAGAGAAAUAUCGUGUUUAUGCAAGAGCUUCAGUAUCUGUUUGCUCUGAUGAUGGGAUCAAAUCGCAAAUUUGUAGAUCCUUCAGCAGCCCUGGAUCUCUUAAAAGGAGCAUUCCGAUCAUCUGAGGAACAGCAGCAAGAUGUGAGUGAAUUCACACACAAGCUCCUGGAUUGGCUAGAGGACGCAUUCCAGCCAGCUGUUAAUGUUAACAGCAACUCCAGCAACAAAUGUGAAAACCCAAUGGUGCAGCUUUUCUACGGUACUUUCCUGACUGAAGGGGUUCGUGAAGGAAAGCCCUUUUGUAACAGCGAGACCUUUGGCCAGUAUCCCCUUCAGGUAAACGGUUAUCGCAACUUAGAUGAAUGUUUGGAAGGGGCCAUGGUGGAGGGUGAUGUUGAGCUGCUUCCUUCCGAUCAUUCAGUGAAGUAUGGACAAGAGUGUUGGUUUACAAAGCUACCUCCAGUGCUGACCUUUGAACUCUCAAGAUUCGAGUUCAAUCAGUCCCUUGGUCAACCAGAGAAAAUUCACAAUAAGCUGGAAUUUCCUCAGAUUAUUUAUAUAGACAGGUACAUGUAUAGGAGCAAAGAGCUUAUUCGAAGUAAGAGAGAAUGUAUUCGAAAGUUGAAGGAGGAAAUAAAAGUUCUGCAGCAAAAACUGGAAAGGUAUGUGAAGUAUGGCUCAGGCCCAGCUCGGUUCCCACUCCCGGACAUGUUGAAAUAUGUUAUUGAAUUUGCUAGUACAAAACCUGCCUCAGAAAGCUCUCCAUCUCCAAGUGACACACGGGUGACAUUACCACUUUCUUCAGUGCACUGUCCAGUUUCUGACCUGACGUCCAAGGAAAGUACAAGUACCGAAAGCUCUUCUCAGGAAGUUGAAAGUACCUUUUCUUCUCCUGAAGAUUCUCUACACAAGUCUGAGAGUGAGCCACUUACAUCUUCCCGGUCUGCCAUGGAAAUGCCCACACACCCUGCUCCUCGAACAGUCACAGAUGAGGAGAUAAACUUCGUUAAGACCUGCCUUCAGAGGUGGAGGAGUGAGAUUGAACAAGAUAUACAAGACUUAAAGAAUUGUAUUGCAAGCAGUACCCAGACUAUUGAGCAGAUGUAUUGUGAUCCUCUCCUUCGUCAGGUGCCUUACCGCUUGCAUGCAGUUCUUGUUCACGAAGGCCAAGCAAAUGCCGGACACUACUGGGCCUAUAUCUAUAACCAACCCCGACAGACCUGGCUCAAGUACAAUGACAUCUCCGUUACUGAAUCUUCCUGGGAAGAACUUGAAAGGGAUUCUUACGGAGGUCUGAGAAAUGUUAGUGCAUAUUGUCUGAUGUACAUUAACGACAAGCUUCCCCAUUUGAAUGCAGAGACAGCCUCAAAUGAAUCAGAUCAAAUGUUGGAAGAACUGGAAGCCCUGUCUGUUGAACUUAAGCGUUAUAUUCAGGAAGAUAACUGGAGGUUUGAGCAGGAAGUAGAGGAGUGGGAAGAAGAGCAGUCUUGCAAAAUUCCCCAAAUGGAAUCUUCCACCAACUCAACAUCACAGGAUUUCUCUACAUCACCAGAGCCUUCAGUGGCCUCUUGUCAUGGGGUUCGCUGUCUGUCAUCUGAGCAUGCUGUGAUUGCCAAGGAGCAGACUGCCCAGGCUAUUGCAAACACAGCACGUGCCUAUGAGAAGAGUGGUGUAGAAGCGGCGUUGAGUGAGCUUAAGGAAGCUGAACCCAAGAAGCCCAUGCCCCAGGAAGCAGACCUUGCAGAGCAGUCAGAACAGCCCCAAAAGGCUAAUGAAGCAGAGUCUGCUGCCCAGCCUAAUUCUGAGGUCUCUGAAGUCGAGAUUCCCAGUGUGGGAAGGAUUCUGGUUAGAUCUGAUGCAUAUGGAUAUAAUGAGGAGGUGAUGCUGAGCCCUGCCAUGCAAGGGGUCAUCCUGGCCAUAGCUAAAGCCCGCCAGACCUUUGACCGGGAUGGGUCUGAAGCAGGGCUUAUCAAGGCAUUCCAUGAGGAAUACUCCAGACUGUAUCAGCUUGCCAAGGAGACCCCCACCUCUCACAGUGAUCCUCGACUUCAGCAUGUCCUUGUCUACUUUUUCCAAAAUGAAGCACCCAAAAGGGUAGUAGAACGGACCCUUUUGGAACAAUUUGCUGAUAAAAAUCUUAGCUACGAUGAAAGAUCAAUCAGUAUUAUGAAGGUGGCGCAAGCUAAACUGAAGGAAAUUGGUCCAGAUGACAUGAAUAUGGAAGAGUACAAGAAGUGGCAUGAAGAUUAUAGUUUGUUUCGAAAGGUGUCUGUCUAUCUUCUAACAGGCCUGGAACUCUAUCAAAAAGGAAAGUACCAAGAGGCACUUUCGUACCUGGUGUAUGCCUACCAGAGCAAUGCUGCUCUGCUAACGAAGGGGCCCUGCCGGGGGGUGAAGGAAUCUGUGAUCGCUUUGUACCGAAGAAAAUGCCUUCUGGAGCUGAAUGCCAAAGCGGCUUCUCUCUUUGAAACAAAUGAUGAGCACUCUGUAACAGAGGGCAUUAGUGUCAUGAAUGAGUCGAUCAUUCCCUGUAUUCACCUUAUCAUUAAUAACGACAUCUCCAAGGAUGACCUGGAUGCCAUCGAGGUCAUGAGAAACCAUUGGUGCUCUUACCUUGGGCAAGAUAUUGCAGAAAACCUGCAGCAGUGCUUAGGGGAGUUCCUGCCAAGGCUUCUCGAUCCCUCUGCAGAAAUCAUCGUCCUGAAGGAGCCUCCGACUAUUCGGCCUAACUCUCCAUAUGACCUCUGUAGCCGGUUUGCAGCUGUCAUGGAGUCAAUUCAGGGGGUUUCAACUGUGACAGUGAAAUAAGUCCCUACAUGUUCAAGGCCCAUCCUGGUCUCUGGUUGCUUUUCUGUUGUACAGAAUUCCGUUGUCAUAAUGUUCACCUUGGGAAAGGGAUUAGGUGGACGAGCAAGAUUCAGAUCAAGACCCCAGCCAUGCUGUGUGUAUAUAGAAGGAUUAAAAAUAAAAUUGCACUUUUUAGGUACAGAAUUGUAAAAACUGUUUUACUAGAAAAAGCAGGAAGCAGUGUUUAAGAUAUUGAAUUAUGUCAGAAGACCUGAAAUGCCUUUGUACCUACAGGAAUGCUUGGGCUUUUCUAAGUCACUUGCCACUUUUUAAACUAUCCUUCGGGUCUUAAGUAUUUUUGACAGCAGAAUAGAAAAGUGAUUUCAUCAGAACCUGUAUCAGAUGAACAGCUCCUAGUUAUUUUAUCAAAUACUAAUGACAUUUAAAAACUCUUAACUGCAAGAGAUUAGAAAUAUAGACUUGGCCUGACUCCUGACAGGAGAUGACAAAAAAGGAUUGCUGUUGAACCACUGCCCUUUCACAUGUGGGUGGAAAAUGGGUCUACGUGGCAGUGAGAUGCUGAAAAGCCAAGAGAAUACCGCUUCAUCUUCCUUUCUUUUUCUGUCUUCUCCCUCUUUUAUUUUACAUUUUUAAAUAAACCAGAAAACCUCAUACUCAGUCCUGAGUUAAAGAAAGGAAAGCAUUAAGGACUUUAUAUAGAACAGCAUCAUGAAACUUGACUCAAGAUAGUGUUUUGAUAGUUGUUAAUCAUUUAGGUAACUUCUUAUAGCAUCGAUAAUUGUCAAAAACAGGUGUCUGAGGCUGCUGCUGGCCCAAAAGAAUGUUUUGACCCCUUCUCUCAUUUAAAAAAAUACGGAAUGUGGAUUUGUAGAAAGAAAAAAAUAUAUGUAUGUGUAUAUGUAGAGAGAGAAAUAUGCCCUGUUGACCAUUUUUAAAAGUCUCCUGAUUGGGUACUGUGAUUUUACCAAAUUUUAAAGAUUAAUGGAAGAAUGGUGGGAGGGAAGAAAACUGGUGUAACUAUGCAGAUUUUAUAAAUGUGCAAUAAAAGCAUUUGUUUUACCUUUGGUGUGUGAUAUGACUUUUUUUUUAAUGUAUUUUUACCAUUUUGGAAAUGACUGGACUCAGUAAUUAUGUAUCCUAAUAAUUUCUUUUAAAGAUGUCCAAAAUAUCCAACUUUUCCAAGCUGCUAUACCAACCACUCCAUCAUCUCUAACAUCAACUAUUUCCUCUCGCCUCAUUACUCUCCCUCCUGUCUUUGGAUUCCAUAAUUCACUGCUUAAGCAAUUGUAGAGGCAGGCAAGCCCCAAAUUCAUGGAUCC